CCGUUCCCUUGGAGAAAAGAACCCGAGAGUCCACCGGCGCUGCCGACAGCGUAGCGUCCACCUUCCGCCUCCAGUCCGCUGCGUAAAAUCCGGCCGUCUAGAUGGCUCUCCGGCGCAUCGCCGGCGCGCCGACGUCUUCCUCCUCCUUCAAGUCCUUCACUACUGUUCUCCCACUGGCAGCGGAGACCGCGUCCGCCUCCCCGUCCUACCUUGCCCACCACCUGCUCGACGAAUUCUCCCGCCCGCGCGCCUCCCGCGACGGGGAGCGCCUCCGCCGCCUCGCCGCCCACCUCACCGCGCCCGCGGUGGAAUCCGUCAUCGCGCGGCUCCCCUCCUGGCGCCACGCGCUCGACUUCUUCCGCUGGGCCGACGAGCAGCCGGGCUUCCGCCACUCCUGCUACUCGUUCAACGCCAUGGCCUCGCUCCUGCGCCGCCGCCAGCCCGCCCACCUCGACCGCCUUGCCGCCGACGCGCUCGCCGCGGGCUGCCCCAUGACGCCCGGCGCGCUGGGGUUCCUCCUCCGCUGCCUCGGCGACGCCGGGCUUCCUGACACUGCCUCUCGUGUCUUUGACAGCGCGAGGGCGCGCCUUAGCUGCACUCCCAACUCAUACACCUUCAACUGCCUUCUUGACGCGCUGGCUAAGGCCGGCCGCGCAGACGACGCGGAGGCAAGGCUCCAGGAGAUGCUGGUGAAAUGCGGGGAUGGAAGUGUCGACAAGUACACCCUCACCUCACUCCUGCAGUGCUACUGCAAUGCAGGCCGUCCAGAUGACGCCAACGACGUGUUCCAAAGGAUGAGCCAGCAUGGGUGGGUGGACGAGCAUGUGCUGACGAUGCUGGCGGUGGCGUUCAGCAAGUGGGGGAAGGUGGACGGGGCGGUUGACCUCGUGGGGAGGAUGGAAGUGUUGGGGAUGAGGCCGAGUGAGAGGACACUUAGCGUGCUGGUCCAUGGGUUUGCAAAACAGCGCAGGAUCGACAAGGCCAUCGAGAUGUUUGACAAGAUGGCCACUUAUGGUUAUGUUGCCGAUUUGCCAAUGUACGGCGUGUUAAUUGAGGGUCUCUGCAGGCAGAAGCAAAUAGGAAAGGCGGUGAAAAUAUUUGAGGUAAUGAAGAGCAGUGAGGUUGUUCCUGAUGUCCGCUUACUCAAGAAUAUGAUUGAGGCUUUCAUUCAUGAAGGAGAUUUUGACAUUGUUGGCCCGUUUAUCAUUGAAAAUGCUGGGAAGUUGAAACCCAGUGAUGUUACCACACUGUACAAUGUGGUUCUACAAGGUCUUGUUAACCACGGGCAGGUAGAAGCAGCUUAUCAGUUGCUCACCUCAAGGUUACGUGGUGUUCAGGGGAUUAGUGAUGGUUUGACUGUUGGUGCACAUGUGUUCGAUAUUGUGCAGGAUGUGAAGCCAAACUCUGAUUCCUUCAAUAUUGUUGUGUGUGGCCUUUGUAAGGUUAAGAAGCUGGAUGAUGCCUUAGCUCUCGUAAAGGAUAUGGUUGGCUUUGGCAGCAAGGGAAAGCUAUUGAUGUUUAAUGAUUUGAUCCAUGAGUUGUGCAAUUUAGAUAGGUUGGAUGAAGGAUACAAAUUGUUUAACCAAAUGAAGGAUCUUGGUGUGAUUCCUUCGGAGUUCACAUAUAAUUCAUUAUUUUAUGGCAUUUGUAGGAGAAAGGAUCCAAAUGGUGCCUUUGAUUUACUGAGGGAGAUGUGCACCAAUGGACAUAAACCAUGGAUAAAGAACUGCACAGAGAUGGUGCAACAGCUUUGCUUCAGUGGCAGGAUAACAGAAGCUCUUGGCUUUCUAGAGGAAAUGCUCAAAAUGGGUUUUCUUCCUGAUAUCGUGACAUACUCCGCAGCCAUGAAUGGACUGUGUAAAACCGGUGAGGUGGACAAUGCUUUAGGACUCUUCCGUGACAUUUCUGCCAAAUUUUAUCUUCCUGAUGUGGUAGCACAUAAUAUCUUGAUAAACGGGUUCCGUGUAUCAGGUAAAUUGAAUGAGGCGCAAAAAAUUAUGGAAGAGAUGUUGGAGAAGGGUCUGUUUCCUUCUGUUGUUACCUACAAUCUUAUGAUUGAUGUUUGGUGCAAGUCUGGCAAUAUUGAAAAAGCUGUUGAUUGCUUAAAUAAAAUGGUUGAUGAAGAAAAGUCGCCCACAGUAGUUACAUACACAAGCUUGAUAGAUGGAUUCUGCAGUGCUGGAAGACCUGACGAAGCCAUUGUUUUGUGGCACAAAAUGAGUGCUAAAAGUUGUGCUCCAAAUAAGAUAGCAUAUACUGCUUUUGUAAAUGGAUUGGGCAAGUGUGGUCGAGUAGAGACUGCACUGACCUACUAUGAGGAGAUGAUGACGAAAGGUUUUGUGUUAGAUACCUUUUCCUGCUUAUAUUUUAUAAAUGCUUUGAUAUCAAAUGGGAAUACAACUAAAGGAUGUGAACUUUUGAAAGAGGUUCUUCAAAGGGACAUGACACAGGGUGAUGAUUUGAAAAUGGUAGGAUUGAUAAAUAAAGCAGUUGAAGAGUUGUCUAAAGAUGAAAGAACUUCUCCAGAGAUCAGUAUACUUGUAGAGAAAGGUUUAAUUUCAAGGGCUCAAACUAUGGGCAAGAAAGAUGGAAACAACUGACAUUUGUUGCUGGCACGAGUUUUGGAUGAUUUCCUCAAGUCCUUGUCUCUAACCAGGAAGCCCUUUCCUGCUGCUAGCAGAUUGUUCUUGCUUUCUACAUGCCUUUUCCUGCUGCGUGCAACUACUUUCUCAAGGUGUUCCUCAUGGUUGUGCUUCUGAAUUGGAUGGACACCUUUUGGUUCAAAUAUGGUUUAUAGGCCCCAGUAUCCAAGACUUCAAGUCUUGAGUCAAAUACCGUAUGUAAUUGUAGAACUAAAUGUGAUAUGGUGUAUGUGAAGGCUGCCGAAUUUGCUAAGAGAAAUAUGGAAGGGGUGUUGGAAAGAAGGGCAUGUCUUCCUACAUCAAAGACAUAGUCAUGCUCAUCCCCUGGAUGUCCUGGGAAUUUAAGAGACUACAAAGAGGAAAUAGAAUGAUACUUUUUUUAGAAAAGAAUGAUCCUGGAUUUUUUUUAUCGGCACUAUAUUGCUUCAGUUGGGAAGUCUCAGGGUAUUCUUUGUGGUAUUAAGAUGGAAACCUGGGAUACUUUUUCUGCUAUGACAGGGUGUUAUAUUAUGCAGCUUAGUGUGAAGCAUAAAACUUUGAAUUUGGAGUGGGCUGUGUUAGUUGUGUAUGGAGCUGCUCAUGAUGAGCAUAAGUUGGAAUUUCUUUCUGAGAUGUCUGAAUUUUGUAAUAGUAUUGCUGUACCCCAUGUGGUGAUUUAAUUUUUUGAGACAUUGUGGGGAAAAGAAUAAACAUACAUCGCUCCCUCAAUCAUCUGAUAUUUUUAAUUCGAUUAUUCAUACUUUGAAUCUGAGAGAAAUUCAUAUGAUUGGGGGUACUUUGGAAGCUCAAUAUCCUGGUUUGUUUGACAUUUGUCAAUGGCAGGAUUGUACUGUGGCUGAUGCUUUAAACUCUGGGCUGGCUUUCCUUUAGAAGAAGGCUUUAUGAUUAAAGUCUCUCACAUUGGGAGGAGAUUAAAAAAUUCCGAGUCUAUGGUGUUGAAUGAUAUUCCUGAUAAGGAUUCUGGGCACCUCUUAUUGUCCUAGGAAUUUGUGGCAAAGCUCGACAUGGCUGUAUGCUUUCUUGCCGGGCGGGUCCAAAUUCUAUAUGAUGUGUAUUGCACCUGUUUGCUGGGGAAUAUGGAAUGUCCGCAAUAAGGUUUACUCAAAAGCGAGGAGCAAGGCGUCUUCAGGACCGGAGUCGAGACAUUGAUGAACAAGGCUACCACUCUUGCGUCUCUCAUGAGCUGACGGAAAAUCUAACGGUCAAAGGCCUUUGACCUGACAGAAAAUAUACGGAAGGGCAUUUCUAUAACCGCACUUAACGAAAGAGGGGCAAAUUUGAGCACACUUCGGAAUUAGAGGCAAAUUUGAGUAGGUGGUUCGAGUUAGGGGCUGAAAUGUAAAUGUCCCUUAAUUAUACCUCCAGAGCCGGAUUAGCACCGUUUUGAUGUAAAUUUAAUGAAAUCCGUCAUGUUUAUAUGAAAUCUAGACAUGUUUGAACGAAUUUCGUCCGGUUGGUUGGAAUUGUUGUUAAAAUGUAUGUGACUAUCGUUGGAGA